AUGGCCGGCAAAAGCUCAGGCAUCCUUGGCCAGGCACAUUCGGAGGAGGCCGCGACUCACCAGCUACAAAGAUGGCUUUCGCAGGAGGAUGCAGAACGUGAUGCAGCGAGAACAGUCCUCCAACGCCUGCACGCAACGGUGGAGGUUCACCGCCAGCGCCUUGUGUUGCUGCUUGCUCGACCUCCGGGCGGAGGAGAAGUGGCAAUCAGCCGCGCCAAAGAGGUGGUUCGAGAUCUGGAAGCCGAGGCAUCCACGAUUGACUUAGCAGACAUCUCGCAGGGGGGAGCUCUUUUGCCUGCUUCCAUGCGCAGCAACCAUGCGGUGCUUUCGCAGUCUCUGAAGGAGACGCAGCGGCAGUGCGACAGUCUCAACCGUGAGAUGGUCCAGCAGGCAGAGUCCAAUGAGAAGCUCGUUGAGUCCAUGGGUGGGGUCAAGGCAGCGAACAAGCGCUUGUUGGAGCAGAUCCGUGGGCAAUCUGCAGAAAUUGCACACAUGAUGCAGCAACGAGUUGCAGAUGAGGAGCGCCUCGAGGCAGCUGCCAGGAGGCAUGAGGCCCAGCGUGAGACGGCCCGUCAAAAUCUGCAGCAACAGGUCGUGUCAAUCCGGGACAGCAGCACUGAGCGUCAAUGGCAGGUGCAACAGCGCCUGAGCGAGAAGCUGCAGAAGCUGGAGUACGGCUCCGUGAAGCUGCGAAGCGGCCUGGGCCAGCUUGGCAAAGAUCUGCAGGAGAGGCAGCAGACUGUCGCAGAGCUUUUUCGCGAAGUCAGCGGAUGGUGGCAAGUGUGGCAGAAGGAUGUGCCGACGCAGUUGCUACGACCUGUCCAGAAGAAUCGUGAAGAACAGCUGGCAUUGGAGAAGCGAAUAGGGGAGCUUCGCAGCAUGCUCAAAAAUGAGCGUGAGCAGAGACAUCAGGACAACAUGGAUUGGGGCCGAAAGUAUGGGGAAAUGCAGACGGACAAGGAGGACUUACAAGCCCGAUUGAGCAGGGAGUGCUCGCAGCUUGAGUCGCGGCUUCAGGCCCACGAGAAGCGCCAGCUGGAGGAGAGGCAGGCUUGGAUUGAGGAGCGAGCGAGAUUGGAGUCUGACUGCAGCGAGCAGGAGAAGCAGCUGGAUGCAAAGCAGGUGAGUCUGGAUCAGCUGCAUCGGCAAAUCGCCGUCUCGGAAACAGCCCUCACUUCGAAGGUCAGCGAGACCCAAAGUUUGGAUCAGGUGGCCGCCGAACUUCAGCGACAGAUGCGCGAGUCGGACGAUGCCCUUGCUGCAGCAGUGCGCAGCAAUGAAGACCUGCGAGGGCAGCUGGAUGAGCAACGCUUGCGUUUCCAGGACAAGAACAACCUUGAGCUGACUGACUGCUCUAGCCCCGGGCAUGAAGCGCAGUAUUCGCAGGCGCUGAAAGCUGCCAGCCCGAAGAGAGUUCUCAAUUUCCGACGGCUUCCGAGCAAAGGCCGGGGCUCCUGCGAGCGUCGCCUCACCGAAAACCGGCGGGCCGACGAGGCACCGCCUGCAGCCUGCGGCGCCGGGCUGCUUCGAUUCCUCGUGUCUUCACGGUGCUCUUGGUUUCAGGUAGAGUCCGCCUUGGCACUGCAGCAGAUCGAGGCCUGCAGCAGGAACAGCUUUGCAGCCGAAAUGUCCGCAAUACUCUUAAUCCUCCCCGGAAGCUACACCGCCACACGUACCAAGUGCUGA